GCGGUAGAUCUGGAACAAUUACACGAAGCCCGAGGACCGGUAGAUACUGAGGAAGCUGAGAAAUUCUCUUUGCAUGCGGGGACUGAAACCACUGUCAACAACAACGGUGAGGCGGCCACAUAUCCGCAAUUUCUCGCUCAUGACCCGCGUUUGGCGCUGUUCGGAUUCACACCGGAGAAUUUAAGCAUGCUUCUUCUGCCCAUGCUAGUCAACCAGAAGGAGGCAUUGGGUUCCAUGGGAAACGACACUCCUCUGGCCUGUCUCUCCGAACAUGACCCUCUAAUCUAUGAGUACUUCAAGCAGCUCUUCGCACAAGUCACGAACCCUCCGAUUGAUCCACUUCGGGAGAGGAUUGUCAUGUCUCUGGCCUGUCCCAUUGGACCCGAAGCGAAUGUUCUCGAACCCAGUCCCCUGCAGGCUCACCGUCUAUGGCUUUCUCAGCCCAUUCUCUCCCUCAAUGACAUACUUCUCUUUCGGAGGCUGCAGUCUCCUUUACCGUCGUCUAAGAUGUCAACAUUGCGCACAUCACAGGUAUAUACCUGGCGUUCGCGUCUACUUGAAGCUUCUUUUACCCUCUACCCUGGUAUCCGACCGAUGGAUUUGGGUGGACUGAUGCGCGAAGCGUUGGAGGCGCUCUGUGUCGCUGCCGAAAAAGUUGUACGGGAUGAAGGAGUGAGCAUCAUCAUUAUUAGCGAUCGAAGACUGAGUAAGGACACGGUUCCGGUGCCCUCAUUACUGGCUCUCGGAGCAGUUCACCAGCACCUGCUUAAAGUAGAUCUCAGGAUGAAGGUUGGACUGGUGGUGGAGUCUGGAGAUGCUAGAGAGGUACAUCACUUCUGCACUUUGCUGAGCUUUGGCGCUGACGCCAUCUGUCCCUACAUGGUUUUUGAGACCCUUCAACGUCUUCGCAGUGAAGGAAUGCUUACUUCAAGUGGAGUGGAUGUUGAGAAAGUUAGCGACGAGGGCUUCUUCAAGAACUAUGUAAAAGCCGUCGGCUCCGGAAUUCUAAAGGUUAUGGCCAAGAUGGGGAUUUCUACACUGCAAUCGUACAAGGCGGCCCAAAUAUUUGAGGCUGUCGGUUUGGCGCAAGAAGUGGUUGAUAUGUGUUUUACUGGAACCGUUUCACGAAUCGCUGGUGCCGGAUUCGACGUCCUUGCCGAGGAGGUUUGCUCGCGUCACGCAAACGCCUUCGGGAAGCUGCACGCCAUUUACGGUGCUUCUAUCGAAUCACCGCUAGAGGUUGCGCUGGAUUCAGUGCCUGGCAAUAGUCCUUUUUCGCGAAACACUGGCCUCUAUCACUGGAGAUCGGGUGGUGAGAGACACAUGAAUGACCCCGUCACUAUCGCAAAGCUUCAGGCAGCAUCACAUAAUAACAACCGUGAGAUCUUUCGUCAAUUCUCCGAGUCGGCUGAUGAACAGGCGCGCCACUGCACUCUACGAGGCCAGUUUGAUUUUUGCUUUGCCGAAGAGCCCAUCUCAGUGGACCUGGUGGAGCCGGCCACGGAGAUUGUGAAGAAGUUUGCCACAGGGGCCAUGAGUUUGGGAUCCAUCUCUCCAGAGACGCACAGCACCCUCGCGAAGGUUAUGAACGCCAUUGGGGGUCGUUCGAACACCGGAGAGGGUGGAGAACUGCCUGAACGAUAUCUCAAUCCCUCCCUAUGUUCAUCAAUUAAACAGGUCGCUUCAGCACGCUUUGGUGUGAACAGCUCAUACCUUGCACAUGCGGAGAUGCUGCAAAUCAAGAUGGCGCAAGGGGCAAAGCCCGGUGAAGGGGGCGAGUUGCCCGGCUAUAAAGUAACCGCGGAGAUCGCGCGUCUGCGUCAUUCUGUUCCUGGAGUCGGUCUUAUUUCUCCACCCCCUCACCAUGACAUAUACUCCAUAGAAGAUCUUGCUCAACUCAUCUACGAUUUGAAAGCGGCUAAUCCAGUGGCUGUGGUCAGUGUCAAGUUGGUCUCUGAAGUCGGUGUAGGAGUGAUCGCAUCUGGAGUCGCCAAAGCUCACGCGGCUCACAUAAUAGUUUCUGGACAUGAUGGCGGAACAGGUGCCAGUUCCUGGACAGGCAUAAAGAAUGCGGGUUUGCCGUGGGAAUUGGGUAUUGCAGAGACACAUCAGGUGUUAGUUAACAAUCACACGAGAUCCAAAGUCGUCCUGCAGGCCGAUGGACAGAUUAGAACGGCCCGUGAUGUGGUGAUAGCGGCCAUCUUGGGCGCAGAUGAGUUUGCCAUGUCGACAGCACCGCUGAUCGUGUUGGGCUGCACAAUGAUGCGCAAGUGUCACCUUAACACCUGUCCUGUGGGCAUCUGCACGCAGGAUCCAGUGCUGCGCAAGAAGUUUGCUGGACUCCCUGAACACCUCAUAAACUACUUUUUCCUACUGGCUGAAGAUGUGAGACGACUUUUGGCGCAGCUUGGGUUCACACGACUCAAUGAUCUCACAGGACGCACUGAACUGCUUCGAGUAGGCAACAUCCUAAUUGGCUGA